CGUGCCGUCAUGUUUACGAAGAAGCAGCGCUGCAUUACAUAAUCCCUCACUGAUGGUGUAACCGUUCAGUUCAUCCUUGUCACACAGCUUCAGCAAAACCCUGCGGUACACAACACAUUAUUCAUGGGUCUGAACAGGAUCUGGAUCAGUGUGGGUUAUGCCACAUUCGGCUUGUUGGUUGGCUCUUCGGCGUUUAUCGUGUGGAAUGUGGUUUAUAAACAACCCUGGACCGCCGCAAUGGGCGGAUUAUCCGGGGUUCUGGCACUUUGGGCUUUGGUCACCCACAUCAUGUACAUUCAGGACUAUUGGCGUACCUGGUUAAAGGGACUUAAGUUUUUCAUGUUUGUUAGUUUAGUAUUUUCUCUUCUGGCUGUUGCUGCCUUUGCCACAUUCAUAACUCUUGCCAUUGUAGAAAAACAAGCAUUGUCCGACCCCAAGAGCUUCUACCUAUCAGCGGUGUGGAGUUUCAUGACCCUUAAAUGGGCUUUCCUGCUGGGCUUGUACUCGUACCGGUACCGCCAAGAGUUUGCUGACAUCAGCAUCCUCAGUGACUUUUGAUAACCUCCUCCUUCAGGAGAUGAAUGAAUUUGUUGUUUCUAGUUGGUGGCUUCACCUGCUAGUAUGGAGACGGAAGGAUGAACGUGCGCCCUUUUUAAUACCUUGCAAUGGCCUCCUUGUUUUUACAAAGCUCAGUCCCACCUUCCCUCAGAUCCAUACCCUGGAAUAAGAUUUGUGGGAUGCUACAAGUAUAGCCACAGGUAGUUGUUACUUGACUCAGGGCAACAUGUGUUUUUCUAAGUCAGAUCUGAAAUGAGGGCUCGGGUUAAUAGGUGGAUAGCAACAGAUUUCCAUAAGGGCCUAAACCAGAGAUGAAGGAAUGUAGGAUAGUGUCAAUUUUAGCAUCUUUACAGUGUUUUGUAGAUAUUUUCAGUGUUAAUUUUUGUUUAUGUGACUUUUAUUUAUGAUUAUUUAUUUAUAAUUGCAUACUUGUAUACUUUUACUUUUUCUAAAGUAUGUGUGCAGUUUGAAUAGAAUACUUGGAUCACCAACAAAGUAAGACUGAAUCUUUUUUUUUAAACAAAAUCGGAUGUAUACAACUGAGCACACUGAAUGUGUGGAUCUCUGUAUCCCACAAUGCAGUGCGCUUGACCUUACAUUUCAUGUGAUGAAAUGACCAUAAGUCAUUUUAAACAUGAUUUUUAACAUCUUGUUUUUGAAUCAGGGUACUAAUAUUUAAGAAAAUCUGAUAUAUGCUGAACACCACUUGAUGAACUAAAUGUGUAACGCAAUGAAUUCGUGUGAGCACACUAAUCUUUAAAAUGUGUCUCAAAGUCUUUAACAAUUUUGGGAAACCGAAUACAGUGUUUACUACAAAAACACAUUAUUAUGUUGUAAACAUAGGCUGUUACAUUAUAGUAGUAGUGCAGUUCCUUUAUUUGCCACUGGGGGAGCAAUUGGUCCAUUUAAAUAACAUCCACCUUGGUGCUCAGUCAUCUGUGAAUAAAAACUAGGUACUCACUAAGUUACAUAAAAUCACCAAAUUCACUUAUAUUUAGUAUUGUUAAUGAUGGAUUAAAAUUUUACUUUGAUUUCUUCUCAUGUUCAUUCUGUCAGAACAGCAAAGUGCGUGCAUGGUUGUUUGUUUGUAGAUAUUGUUUACUAAGGAUGUUAUGUGUGUAUUGAUGGUCCAUACAGGUUUUUGAGCCAAAAAGUAAAUCAACAGAUUACAUUGUUUGCACUAGAUUGAUUCUAAACGUUAAGGGGCGGUUUCCCGGACAGGGAUUAGCUUAAUCCAGGACUAGGCCUUAGUUUAAUAUGGAAAUAUAACUAGUUUUAACAAACAUGCCUUACUAAAAACAUUACCUGUGUGCAUUUUUUGGCAAAACAAAGGGCCCUGUUGUAUUUUAAGAUAUGUAAGUGCAAGUUGUUUUCAGUUUGAACAGCUCUUAAAAAUGUUUUAGUCUAGGACUAGUCUAAUCCCUGUCCGGGAAACCGCCCCUAAAUGUUUUGUUGGUGGAAAUGAAAAGAAAGGUGAAGGUCUCCUUUUACUUACAACAUUUCACUCUUUAGCACGUGUUUAAUAAACCAGUUUGUUACACACAUUAAACCAGUUAACACAAAUUCAAUAUGUUACAGUUAUACCAUAUGGAGUUUUAAAAUUUGCACCGUACCGUAUGUUACAUUGAGAUAUUUCGAUGAAUAAAAAGUACUGCUGUUUUAAUUCACCCACAAA